AGGACAAUGUGAGUCCAAGGACCAUUAAACACUCGUCCAAAUGGAGUUCAAAUCCCAUCUCACCCAGCUCUUCAUCAACAACACUUAUGUUGACUGCAUCAACACCGCGAAAUUGUCCGUCUACAAUCCCGCAACCGGAGAUCUAGUGAGCGACCAGAUCCCCCUUGCAGGACCCGAAGAUGUAGAUUUGGCUGUUCGCACUGCCAAUGCGGCAUUUGCUGCUGGCUCCGAAUGGCGGCGCAUGACGUUCCACGAGCGCCAGAAGAUUCUGCUUCGAUUCGCGGACCUGCUCGAGGACAACCAGGAGCACCUCGCCUACCUGACGCGCCUGACCCUGGGUGCCCCCUAUCUGCCGUUUGGGAAGUCGGAAAUUGGAACUGCCAUUGGAUGCUUCCGAUACUACGCUGGCUGGAUCGAUAAGUUUGCGGGGCAGUCGUUUCCCGCUGAUGACGGCUUCUACAAGAUUGUACGAUAUGAACCAUUAGGGGUCGUUGCUGGAAUAAUCCCGUGGAAUGGCCCCUUGGCGUCUGUCGGCCUCAAGGCAGCCCCAGCCCUGGCCGCAGGAAAUGUCUUUAUUCUGAAGCCCAGUGAAAAGACGCCGUUGAUGGCGGCAGCUUUGGGCAAGCUCGUGAUCGAAGCCGGGUUCCCUCCAGGUGUAUUCCAAGUGCUCCAGGGUGACGGAAGCACCGGUGCCCUGCUUGCGAGCCAUAUGGAGGUGGCCAAGGUCAGCUUUACCGGGAGUGUCGCGACUGGUAAGGCUGUGCAGGUGCUGGCGGCGAAGAGUAACCUGAAGCGCUGUACCUUGGAGCUCGGAGGAAAAAGUCCAGCAGUGGUAUUUGACGAUGCGAACCUGGAAAACGCAGUUCAUUGGUGUGUGAAUGGGUUGACGAACAACUCGGGCCAAAUCUGUUUUGCUGCCUCUCGAGUCUACGUCCAGGAGGGGAUCUACGAUCAAUUUCUGGCUGCGUACCAGAAGGCCUUUGAGGCUAAGCGGAAAGUUAUUGGCGACCCAAACGCUGCCGGAUCUGAGCUGGGCCCCGUAGUAGACAAAGCACAAUACGACCGAAUCAUGGGGAUUAUUGAAACUGCCAAACAAGAAGGCCAAGGAACAUUGUUGGUAGGGGGAAAGCCCCUGUACUCCAAGGGCUACUAUAUUGAGCCCGCAAUAUUCACCGACACAAAGGAAGAUGCAUCAAUUUACAAGGAAGAGAUAUUUGGCCCCGUCGUGGUGGUCAAUAAGUUCAAGACGGAAGAGGAGGUCCUUUCUAGCUCCAACGCGAGCAAGUACGGGCUGAUGGCUGGAGUGUUUACGCAGGACAUCAACCGAGCUCUGAGAAUGAGCUCUGGAUUUGACUCGGGCGUAGUCGGUGUGAACUGCAUCAGUACCAUUCAUUUCUCGUGUCCAUUUGGAGGCACUAAGGAGAGUGGACUGGGUAGGGAAUUGGGGGUGAACGCAUUGAUGGCCUACACGGAGCCCAAGACGGUUCUCAUCAACAUGACAUACUAGAUCUGCCUAGUGGAUAGAAUGUGAAUACACU